CGGGACUGGCGGUGAACACAGAAGGACAGGAAUGGCGCUGAGGAUUGUGUCUGCCUGAGCGAGUCAGCGGGAUUUAAAGGGUGUUCGCCGGGCGCCUUGGCUUCUACUCGCCGCCAAGUUUUGUUGCAUUGCAUUGAUGUGCAGGAAGACUCGCAAGAUUUGCAUUUACAAAAUAAAGAGGAGUUGGGGGGUGGAGGAGGAGGAAGAAUUCAAGGGGAAUAAAAGCAAAUCCCUCUCAUUAAUAGGAAAUGGAAACUUUCGGGUCAAUAGACAACCAGCUUCGACUGGAGAAUCACAGCAGCCCAGUCGAUUACUUGCACCAGAGGUACGCUAGUACUUAUGAAAAUACUUUCAACUCGUGGAAUGAUUACUUGGGGUUGAGCACUCUGGUUGGGAAGGCUGUGAACCAGGGGGGGAAGAGCGGACUGCACCCGGCCAGGGAGCGGAAGCUACAGUCCCGGGCACCGUGCAUCAGCCGCUCCCUGGAGUUCCGGGGGCUGGGGCUCUGCUCCCACCACGACGCGCUGCUCGGCUCCGAGCUGGAAGGCAGUUUCUCCGACAGCUUCAGCCCUUUCUCGGCUUAUCCCGCGGCCGUGGAACCCUUACCCCAUCAGCCCCAGCAGCAGCGCCUGGAGCGGGAGCAAGGGGGUGACUCGUCCUGGAACCGAGUGGAUGUGAUCAUGAUGGAGAACAGGAGCCAUCUACAACUUGCCCACUACCAGCAACAGCCGCCUCUGCCUGCACCUCCGCCUCCUGCCGCCCACAGAACCUCCAGGGCUAAGGCCGAGCUGCAGAUCUGCGUCUUCUGCAGGAACAACAACGAGUCGGUCACUCUGUACACCACCCACAUCCUGAAGAGCCCUGACGGCAGGGUACUCUGCCCCAUUUUGAGGCGGUACACUUGCCCCUUGUGUGGUGCCAACGGGGACAACGCGCACACCAUCAAAUACUGUCCACUCUCCAAGCUACAGCCCAGUAUCCCAAAGCUGAAGACGAGAAAUUGCGUUAGCAAGAGGGCCCGUUAAUAAGGAACUAUUCCCUUUUACAAACAAGGAAGGCAUUGUGAACCCAAUUAUCCCCACUUCCCCCCCCCAGGCUUUGUAGACUAAUAUGUGGACAUUUUAUUAAGACAAUAUAUUUUGAGUCUGGGAAUAAACGUUUUAUAGUAACUGAAUGUACUCUUUGUCUAAAUUUGUUUACAAUCUAAUGUUUCUGGUGGAAUAUCUAGCCCAGAAAUCUACCUCAGUUAUAUAAAAAUAUAUAGUUUAUGGAAUUAAGAGAACGCCAUAAUUUUCUUUUCGUUUGCAAAAUCCACUACGUGCAUUUCAUCUUCGGAGAAUUUAAGGUAACUCAGUAAUUAUAAUGUAGAAAAUGUAUUUGAUUUCCCCUGUUUUCGAAUGUAAUGUUUGCUACUUUUUAAAAGUGAAAUGUAAAACAGAUCUAAAGAUUACUAAUGAAUAACUGUGUUAACAACAGUACGGGGAGCCAAUAAAUUUUCACGUUUU